AUGUCGAAGAUUGAGUUUGUGAUUUUUGCAUUAGCCGCUGUGUUGGUCAAGGAAUGUCGUUCUCAGCAAUGCCCCUGUAAGUACAGUCUUAAGUUUAACGAUUACUGGAAUCUCUUUUUUGGUAUUGAAUUUCUUUUUUGGCACUGAAUUCCCUUUUUGGCACUGAAUUUGUUUUGCACUGCAGUAUUUCGAUAAAAUUGAACUGCUCUUAUGGUCAGUCAGAAAUGAUUUUUUUUUCAUUGUGAAUGAGAGUAAUUAUAUUAUUGUCCACAAUGACCACAAAACAAAACUACUGUAUUAGCUGAUUGCUUAAUUAAUCAGUAAAACAAAAAUGAGUUUUGCUAUAGCGCUGUUGUACUUGAUAACUGAAUAUAACAAUUGUACGCUAUAUAGCUUCGAAUUUAAUUGGCAACACAAAUUUCAGAAAUUUUAGAGUUCUUUUCAAAGGAAGUAAAUUGUAAAAAAGAUAUAUCAUUUGGGUUGCAUCGUAAGCGCCAUUUAUCAAUAUUUAAAAUUCCUUAAAUAAUCCGUAUAUCGUACUUUUAGGUAAUGAUGGCUUGAACUUUGUUGGUGACAAUGUGGACGAAUACGGCAUAUCCCGAGGAUUAGAGAAGUCGUUAACUGCCGUCACUGCGUGUUUUUGGAUGAACAUCCCUGCCAGUUAUGUAAAGACUCAUUCACCAACUAUUCUGUCGUAUGCAACCUCCUAUGCAGAUAACGAGAUAAUCAUUUGGGUUACGUCAACCCUAAAAGUGGCUCGCAGAAGUAUAUGGGCUGAGUAUGUGACAAAAUAAUUCUUCGUAUCAAAUAGUAGUUGAUUUCACCAUGCACGGUGUCGUGCAGCACUAUACAUAGUAAUAGGUAGAGGUUAAUUUGUAGUUUAGAGAUUGAGAAAAUUAUCAGAUUCAAUAUAUUUAGUCGUUUUGUUUUUAUGAAAAAUAAAUUGAGAAAAGUGACUAAAUUUGUUUUAUGUCGUGUUUUUGCGAUAAAAAGCGUUCGUGCAAAACUUAGAAUCUUCUCCGACUUUAGCUUUAAUUUCUAUAGUUUAAACGUGUUGGCUAUACGGGCUACCUUUUUGAAUGCAUGUACCGGUUGAGAAAUAUAUACAUAAAAGUGUGGUACAGUUCUGUAGAAAAGUGUGUGUGAAUUAAUGCAAUUAUCAAAGAUAAUUUAAAAUUUACGUAAUAUUUACAGCUGCUGCACUACAAACCGAACUUUAAUAGGCAAGCCUUAAUCGUGGCGGUAUAGCGGUAGUGGAAGUCAAAUCUGAGCUUUUCUAUAAUAUAUCGGCUUGAGAACAACCUUGUUAAUUAAAACUUAAUUGUUUGCAGAUCAGUGUAGUAAUUAACUCCUUGUGCGUUUUUACGUGCGUAACACGUGCUGAAAACUAUUAUAACGAGCAUAUAAAGCUGGUUAUAUUAUGACUAUACAUUCGAAUUUGUUAACCAAUCAGAUGCGUUUAAGUAUAUCCGAUUAACCAAUCAGAUGCGUACUAAGCCAGCGGAAGGUUGUAGUAUACGUAGUGGUAGUGGAAGCCGUCAAAUCUGAACCUCUCUAUAUUAAUUAUAAGAUGUCGGUUCGCACUGUUUGUUCGCGGAGUUGUAAACAAGUCUGAAACUAGUUGUUAUCAUGCACCUUGUUCAAGGUUGAUGACAGUAGCAGACAUGUACAUAUGCAUGUAUAUGCAGUAUGCUGCAAGUUUAUCCAACAAUUUAGACUAAUUAUAAUACGUGCUGUUCUCCCAGGCAUAUGAGAGGCCAAUUCUGAUAUUACGACAGUAUAUACACCUUUAUAAUUUAUGUGGUUAUAUAGAAGUCCAAAUGUGGUUGCUGACGGCAAAAACCAUCACGCGUGUGUCACAUGGGAUCUCUCAACUGGUUGGAUAAAGAUGUAUGUUGAUGGCAUCAAGAAAGCUAAAAUAUUCAGGCCUACGAGCUUCAUCCCCGCAGGUGGAACUUGGAUCAUUGGUCAAGACCAAGAUAGGCUUGGAGGUGGUUUUGCAAAGAGAGAUUCAAUGAAAGGUUUCUUGGCUGAAGUGAAUGUUUGGGAUCGAAUCCUUUGUUCAUAUGAGAUUGCAGCUCUCGCAGUAAGUUGUGGUCCGCUUAUGAAAGGCAACGUCAAAGCUCACAACGAUUUUGAUAUAAAAGGAGGAGUGGAAACAUUCAAACCUGCAUGCUGUCUGGGGAAUUAG